CACUGCGACAACCGAGGCGACUGGGUCACUUAUUUUAAGUAAAUCCUAGAAGGUUAUUCUGAGAGGAAUUGUUUCUCAAGGAAAAGCAAAGAUGCGACCCGUACUGCUUUUGCUCCUCGGAGCUCAUCUGGCUUAUGCUGGAAAACACUCUCUGAAAUACAUCUUUACUGCUGUGUCUGGAGACAUUGACUUCCCAGAGUUCACUUCAGUUGGUCUGCUUGAUGAUGGGCAGUUUGAUUACUUUGACAGCAAUACAAUGAAAGCUGUGCCAAAGACAGAGUGGAUCAGACAGAAUGAAGGAGCAGAUUACUGGACCAGAGCGACUCAGAAUCUGAUUGGCACACAUCAGACCUUCAAAGUCAGCAUCCAGACCGUAAAGGAACGCUUCAACCACUCAACAGGUGUUCACACAUGGCAGCUGAUGUACGGCUGUGAGCUGGAUGAUGAUGGCAGCACUCGAGGAUACCACCAGUAUGGCUAUGAUGGAAGUGACUUUGUCAGUCUGGAUAAGAGCUCCCUCACCUGGACUGCAGCUAAUCCUCAAGCUGUCAUUACCAAACACAAAUGGGAGGCUACUACAUAUGCAGUAAAAGAGAAAGCAUACCUGGAGAACACAUGCAUUGAGUGGCUAAAGAAGUAUGUGGAUUAUGGCAAGGACACUCUGGAGAGAAAAGUCUCUCCUCAGGUGUCUCUGCUGCAGAAGUCAUCCUCGUCUCCAGUCACAUGUCAUGCUACAGGUUUCUACCCCAGUGGAGUUAAAAUCUCCUGGCAGAAAAACAGGCAUGACCAUGAUGAGGAUGUGGAUCUUGGUGAAACUCUUCUCAAUGAAGAUGGGACCUUUCAGAAGACCAGCACCCUCGGUGUUAGACCUGAAGAGUGGAAGAACAACCAGUUCAGCUGUGUGGUGGAGCAUCAGGGCAAAACCAUCAGAAAGACAGCAGAUGAUAUCAUAACUAACUUUGAAUCUGUUCCCAUUGGCAUCAUUGUUGGUGCUGUUGCUGCAGUCAUCCUGUUGCUGGUCAUUGGUGUUGCUGGGUAUUUGGUGUAUCAGAGAAAGAAAGGCUUUAAACCUGUCAGCGGCUCUGAUGAUGGCUCAAACAGCUCAGCUCAUACAUAAAGAUGAGACCAGACAUGUGGAAGAGAUGAAGUUGAAAAAACAAUUAUACUUCUACUGCUGUCCAUCUUGCUUCCAAAACAUCACAUAAACACACACAAGAUCAUACAUUUCUGCAGUGGGAUUGAUCUGUACUGAUUCAACUUUAACAUCUAGAUAGUUUUUCUUUACUCGUUCUGUGCUUCUUUUGGUUUCAUUCAUUUUAUGAACCUUGUUAAUUUUUAAGGUGUAGAAAUAUGGCACGUUGAUCUCCGAGUCUAAAUUGGAAAAUUUACAUAUUUCUUUUUAGGGACAAAGAUUAAAACUCAAGUACCAAUGAAUUAUUUACAAGGUUAAUUGAUUUGAAAGAUCUGUGAAAUAUUGAUUUGUUGGUUUUUGGUAUCAGUACUGAUCAUGAAAAAAGAAAUCAGAAAAGAAAUUAGAAACCUACAGCAUCAGUCUAAGAUUGAUCUCCGUUUUUUUGUUUUUCUAGAGAGACUAUUUCUGUGGGAGAUAGAAUGUGAAAUAAUUCAUUAAAAAUAAGUAAUUAAACUCGAAAAUAGUUUAUUUAAUGCAAUAUUUUAAUUACUUUAAAUACAUUUUAAAACAGUCUAGUUUGGGUGAUUUUUGAAAUUGGUCUUUCAUCUUUUAAAUUAUACUAUCAAUAUGUAUAGGUGUCAAAUUGUAUUCCUUGUAUGGGAUUUAAGGUUUUUUCUUAUGUUUGUAUGUUUUUUGUUUUAAAUGAUUUAGAUGAUAAGUUGCACUUUUCUUGUUCUUGAUUCUUGUUAAAUAAUUGUAACAUUGAAGAUACUGUACUAUUAAACUUUUACAUGAAUAUCGGAAGAGUACAGUAAAAUAUAGACAUUUGGGGUUACUCAAUCUAAAUUUAGUUACAUGAAUGUUUUUGUAUAUUGGUUGCUUUCAAAGGGUUGUAAUGUUAUUUUGAUUCUUUAAAAAUAAAGGAACCUCACAGAAUGGA